AUGAGGAGUGUUACAUUUCCUUUGUUUGUUUUUUUAUUAUUUCUGUGUAAAAGCUUGACCGCAAGACCAAAUGAAAUCCUUUUCUCGUUCACAGCACCUGUGUAUAACAUUUCUUUAGAAGAAAAUGUUAGAGGAAACCAAUUUGCUUCAUGUGAUGAUACUGUUAAAAUGGGAGUACCACUCCCUCAUUCCAACUCAGUUGUGAAAUUUAAGAUUGUAGAGGGUGAUAAAAAUCAUCAAUUCAAAGCUUUUUCUAAACAAGUAGGAGAUUUUGUGUUUUUACGCAUUCGACAGAAGGAUACCACUACUCUAAACAGGGAGCUAAAGGAUUUAUAUCAGCUGGUCGUCAAAGCUACUAGUAAACAAUUGAGCAGCGGUAAUGUUGAAACAACUGCUACGGUACGCUUGAGAGUGCUGGAUCGUAAUGAUGCUAGCCCAAUGUUUACUUUACUUUCCGAUCGGUAUGAGCAGACCAUAACUGAUGACAUCCCACCUUUCUCGGAAGUGCUUAAGGUUGAGGCAUUAGAUGCUGAUAUUGGAAUCAAUGGAGAAAUCUAUUAUUCUCUGGUUAAUCGUUCGUCAGAAUUCACAGUUGAUCCUAUCACGGGCUGGGUGAGGUCUCUCAAAGUUCUUCAAGCUGGAGUUUACUCUUUCCAAGUUCAAGCAGAAGAUAGAGCAUCUCGUUUAAACCAUUACGAUGAUGAUGAUCAAAAACAGCAAACUCAUAAGCCUGAUGUUCAGAUCACGGUGACAGAGAAGAAAAAAUCUAAUCCCAAAUUACUAAUAGAAAAACGAACAGUUUAUGCUCAUAAAACCAACAUCGAACAGAUCGCCGGAUUCAUUCGUGUAGAGGGUGGAACAAAUAACUCCUUAGUAACAUUAGUAGAUGAUGACUUGAGACAUUGGUUUCAUGUGAAUCGCACUGACAGUGUGUGGACCUUAUAUACGAACCGUGAUCAUGCAAUUAGUGAAGGAAUUAAUGUUACCUUAAGUGUAGGCAAUGGUUUAUCUCAAGAAGGAAACACCACUGCAACGAUCAAAAUUGAUGUUGCUCGUCAGUUUGACAUAUCAUUCCGUGACUCCAAACUCUUGUUUGAGAUUGAUGAGGAUGUGCCGAAGAACUUUGUUUUAGGAAAUAUUCAUGUUAACACGCUGUCAGAAAGUGAUCAAAAUUUAGCGAGAUUUGCGAUUUUCACUGCAGAUAAGAAAAAUACUUCUUUACCUUUUAAAGUUGAUGAGAUUAAUGGUGAUAUUCGCGUCAUUGGCGAAUUGGACUUCGAAAGUCUAAACAAAAGUUAUGAAUUCAGUAUUGAAGCAAAGCUAUACGGACAUGUCGAAGUAAAACCUAUAUAUUUACCUGUCACAGUUAACGUAUUGGACUCAAACGAUCACGUCCCUGGUAUUGCUGCAAAGUGGGGUCGUCAAGGACCAAUAGCUGUUUCUGAUGUGACAAAAGUUGGAACUACGUUACUAAAGAUUAAUGCGGUUGAUCAGGAUAGCGGGGAAAACGGCAAAGUGACUUAUGUUCUUUCCUCAUCCAAGCCUAUACCUUUUGAAGUACAAUCUACCACUGGAGAUAUCAUGUUGAGUCGAAAACUCCCAAAAAAUGAAGAUGUGUGGAAAACCACGCUGUGGGCUAUUGAUGGUGGUAAUCCUCUGCCAAGAUCCUCUUCGCUAAACUUAAUUUUUUAUCGGAAUGGCACAAAGAUUCCCGCUAAGCCUCGGCCCGUAUUUGGAAUCCCUCCUAUCAAUGUAGGUGGACCAACGUUCAUCGAGUUAGAGGAGUCGAUCAAUUUGUAUGAAGACUCUGUUGUUGGAACGGUUGUCACCAAUGUGAAAGCCGAAGAUUCAGACUCUGGCUACAAUGGGAUUGUGCAAUAUAGUACUGAAGACAAGUUUUUCUCAAUUGACAGAUUCAACGGAACCAUACGAAUUAGGCGAAGCCUCCAGUCGCUUUUACCUGCCGGUACCGAAAAGGUUAAUUACGACCUAACCAUUGUGGCUUCUGACCUCGGUACUCCCCGAAAAAACAUCACAGGCACAAUUCGUGUCGUAAUCGCAGAUGUCAAUAAUUAUGCUCCUCAGUUUGAUCAGCCGUGGUAUCGAACUCAAGUGUUAGAGAAUAGCCCUGUAGGCCACAAACUACUCAUUGUCUCUGCUACUGAUCAAGACUAUGGAGAGGCUGGGAGAGUCGGAUAUGCUUUAAUUGGGGAAGGAGAAACUUAUGUGCAGAUUAAUGAGAAAACUGGAGAAUUAAGUAUUGUGAAGGGAUUAGACAGAGAGUUUCAAGACAUCAUCAGGUACACAAUUGUUGCUUACGAUCAUGGAAACCCUAGAAAGUUUUCUUUCGUGAAUCUAACAAUUAUUGUCGAAGAUGUGAAUGACAACGCUCCCGUGUGUCUCAACUCCGUUACAUCGGUAACAAUUCCUGAAGAUUUUCCUGACAUGGCGAUGGUUGGCUGUAUGUCAGCCUCUGAUAGAGACUUAGGAAUCAACUCUCGUUUACGAUACUCUAUUGAAGAUAAUCAAAUUGAUGUCCCUUUUCACCUUGAUUCAACGACUGGAUGCUUGUUUGUCAAAUCUCCUAGGCGUCCUUUAGAUUAUCACCAACAACCUAAUUAUAACAUUUCAAUUGAGGUGUCGGACAAUGGAGAAUCCAUACUCAGUACCACCUGCUUUUUUGUGGUUCAACUAUCUGAAGUAAUUGAAGAGAGUGUUGGUCCUUUAUUUGAUAAUGUUGCUCAUGAAGCUACUGUAUAUGAAAACAUGCCUAUUGGUACAGAAGUCUUCAACUUCCAACUGGUCAUGAUGCAAGGGAAACAAAGUGCAGAAUAUAUAUUCUCUGCGAUUGAUGGCAAUGGCUUAGGAUAUUUCUCAAUCAGCGGAGGAAUAAUUAGGUCCUUGGUUGUUUUCGAUCGUGAAGAACAAUCGAGCUACUGGCUAACUAUUGAAGUCUCUCACCCAACACGUAAUUUACGUUUUGCCGUCGUUCAUGUAUUUGUUCGAAUCUUGGACAAAAAUGAUCAUCGGCCUUUUCCAACUAAUCCCAUCUAUUUUGCAAACGUCAAGGAGAAUUCACCCCAGAACACGGUUGUUGUGAAAUUGGAAGCCAGCGAUGCUGAUGAACUUUCUGGAACACAGAACUCUCUUCAAUACUCUAUUGUGAAGGGAGAUCCACAAAGUUUCUUCAGUAUUGAUCCUACUACAGGUUAUAUAACAACAUCUGGCUCGAGAAAGUUGGAUAGAGAAACUCAAAGUGAACAUGAACUUUCCGUAUCAAUAUGCGACAAUGGAGACCCCCAACUGUGCACAGUUGUGCCAGUUGUUAUUACUAUUGACGAUGUUAAUGAUAAUUCUCCAGUCUUUUCUCAAGUCAUUCACCAUUAUAAUGUAAGAUCAGGUGUUUCUGGAGAACUGUGCAGGGUCUUCGCAUAUGACGCUGAUGCUGGUGUUAAUGGGCUCUUGUAUUAUAACAUAACAGAUGGCGAUGGACGUUUCUCCAUAAAUGAGCAUGGAACUAUUUUUACGACAGAACCGUUAGGAGGGGAUGAGGUCUUCAAUAUUCGGGUUCAAGCAACAGACAAGGGGUUACCCGGACAUAUGAGCGAAACCCCUGUAGUUAUUACUGGAAUAGCUGUCCCAAAAUCGAAUAAGAAGAAGAACAAGAAGCCUAUUAUAAAAAACACAACUCAAAAUCUUCUAGUGUCUGACACAGAUCAGGUUGGAGUCACCAUAGCUACCCUACAGGCUUUAGACGAUGACUCAGAAGUGCUUUGGUGGGAAAUUCAAGAGGGUAACAUCGAAAAAGUGUUCACUAUCCGAAGUGAUAUCGAAACAAAUUCUGGUUACCUUCUUCUAGCGAAAUCCCUCUCGGUUCUAAGCUCGGAAAUCAAGGAGAUCCCCUUAACUUUAUCUGUAUCGGAUGGAGACUCCAGCGCUUCGAUUGAGGUGUCCGUUAGGGUUGUUCGUAAUCAGAUGGAUAGACCGAAAUUCUCUGCUCUUUCUUAUCACACAGAAAUAUCGGAAAAAACACCUAUUGGCUCGACUGUCUACACUUUGAAAUGCUACGCCAACGAUGAAAGUAAAGUCACUUACUCUCUUUACACUGCAGAAGAUGAAUUCAUGCUCAACAAGUUCCGAAUCGAACCUCAUAACGGAAAUGUUAUCGUGGUUGAGACUCUGGAUUAUGAGAUAACUAGAACAAUCCGUCUGAUUGUAGCUGCUCAAAGUGGAUCGUUGAACACAUAUUCAUUUUUAACCAUCGAUAUUAUUGAUGCUAAUGAUAAUGCACCUCGUUUUCUACAGAAAGAAUUCGUUACCAGAAUAUCAAAAAGUGCUCCGACUGGCUAUGUUGUGCAAAAACUACUCGCUUUCGACAAAGAUAUUUCACAGAAAAAAUCUCUCCGUUAUUCCAUUAUUAGCGGAAAUGAAGAGCAGUUCUUCACAUUAGGCGAAAUUUCGGGUGUGAUACGUAUAGCGAAGCCUCUCGACCACAACUUCCGUGAAUCUAUUCUAACUGUCCGCGCAUCUGAUGGCGAUCGUCAUGGUUUAACCGAUACUGCUCUGUUACGUAUACAAUUAGAUACGAAUGAUGAAAACUCACUGAGUUUCUUGAAAUCAGUAUAUCAAACAACAAUCAGAGACGAUAUUACUAUUGGUAGCGCACUUUUUGCGGUUUCAACUUCUCGUUGUUGUGGAAAGUAUCGUCUUCAAAAUCCAUGCCCUUACUUCUCGAUUCAUCCGAUAACUGGCAUCGUGUCCAACAGAAAAUGGCUGACUCAAGAAAGAUCGAAAGUUUUAGAAUGCAAUGUAGUUUACGAUCAUGCUGUUGGAUCUGCAGCUUCUAAAAUAUCUGUUCGAUUGGUGAACACAAACAAACAUUUGCCUGUUUUCCAAAAGCUGAUUUAUUACGGGUACAUUGUUGAAAACAGUGUUUCUGGAACGUAUGUACUCACGGAAGAUGGUUCGCCUCUGGUUGUAUCGGCAACGGAUAAAGAUUAUGGACCUAAUGGACUAGUAACAUACCGCAUGCUCGAUGAUAACGAUCAUUUCUCUGUUGAUUUCGCCACUGGAAGUAUAAGAUCAAAGCUUCCUUUAGAUUUUGAAACAGUGAAACAGAAAGUGUUUCAUGUUAAAGCCAGCGAUAUGGGUCAUCCUCUCCGUUCAGCAGCGAUUCCUGCAGAAGUUGUUGUGAACAUUGUUGAUGAGAAUGAUGAAAAACCCUUGUUCAUGGAGAAAGUAUAUAACGUGGAGUUAAGAGUGCCAACAACCCAAGGAGUUCAGUUGACCCAAGUAUCUGCCUUCGAUAAAGAUACUGUAGGAAAACUACGAUAUUAUUUGAAGAACUCCGUUAAUACUAAGCACUUUACAAUUGAAAGAGAUACUGGCAUUAUCAAGACGAGCUCGUCUAUUUCUGAACUGACCGAAGGAAGUAUCAAGAUCGAAGUUCUCGUGACAGACGGUGCAUUCUCUGACUCGAGUACGCUUGCCCUUCAUGUAGUUGAUGUUUCAAGAACUGAUGCAUUCCGCUGUUUCGCUAAUAAUUUAUCCCUGAGCAUCAUAGAGAACAAGAAAAUGGAUGUGCCGGAAGAAAUUAUAUACGUUUCUGUAGAGAAUGUUCCUAAGGAAGCUCCAUUGACUUUCAAGUUACUGAACAAUAACGAGAACUUCAUCAUAAAUUCGAAAACUGGCCAAAUCAUGAUGAUAGGAACUGGAUUAGACCGAGAAACAACACCUGUGGUUCACUUAUUAAUCGAAGUUCUUGCACACACCAAUCCAACUGUGUACACGCAGUGUUUGAUUGAUAUUGAAGUUCUGGAUGUCAACGACUGUUCACCACGAUUUUUAUCCCAACCUUACGACGUUACAACUAGCACCAACAGUGAAGUGGGGGAUACUAUACUUACUAUCAAAGCUGUAGAUGAUGAUUUUGGUCCAAACGCUGUAGUCAAAUACUCGAGCAAAAAUAUUCCUAAAGUUUUCAAAUUAGAUGAGACUACUGGAAAAAUUACCAUUCUCCAUCCCAUGACAGUUGGUGUCUUUGCCUUUACUGCUACAGCAACGGAUCAAGGAUCAAACCAUUUAAGUACAUCUGUAGAAGUGAAAGUGACUGUGCUUGACAAAUUAGUUCCUUUCUUCGCUAAAAGAAAUCACUUGAGUAAAAUAUCGUCAAAAAUGGCUUUGAAACAGAAGAUCACGAAUGUUCGUGCUGUUAGCCACCCAGAUAGUCAUAUCGUAUAUGCUUUCGAGAGUGGAAAUGAAGAACAGUUAUUCUCAAUAAGCUUCAAUGAUGGUGAUAUUUUCUUGCGCCGAAACAUUGAUCAGGCAUUGCAUUCUAACUAUAAACUCGUUGUCAGAGCAAGUGAUGCUCUUCGCCCUGAUGUGCACGCCAGCACAAUUGUUGAUAUUGAGGUUAUAUCGGAGAAGGAAAAUAUUCCACAGUUCGAGAAAUCGGUUUAUCAUGUCAACGUGACUGAAUCUACCAAUGCCGGAACGCUGCUCUGCUCUGUCGCGACCAUUCCGAUAAACACUACUAUUACUUAUUCGCUGUCUGGUGCUCAUGCCUCUACUGUUCGAUUGGAGAGUUCUUCUGGCAACAUAUUCUUAUUAGAGAAACUAGAUUUUGAAUCGAAAAAGGAAAUAGUUCUCAAUGUCCUUGCCACUACACCUUCUGAAGUCUCUUCUGAAACUAAGCUAAUCAUUCAUGUUAUCGAUGUCAAUGAUAAUGCUCCUGUGUUUAUCCAGUCAUCUGCCGACAUAGAAAUUUCCGAUGCAUUCAUUCCAGGACAAUUAAUAACGAUUGUUAAAGUUAUCGAUGAGGAUACCGUUUCGAGCUUAGCUAGUGGCCAACGCUUUUCAUUUUCUUUAAUAGACGGUGAUGAGUCUUUGUUUGAGAUAGAUGAAGGGAAUGGAGAAAUCACUCUCGCAAGAACUAUAGAAGAGGAAGAUAUGGUGCAAUCUCAGAAAGUUUUGAAUGUAUCUGUAUCUGAUGGAAUAUUCAUCGUUUACUCAAAAUUCAACAUCAAAAUCUCAGUCUCAGGACUUCGCACUCCUCCACCUCGGUUCGAGCAAAGUCAAUACAUAUUGAAAUUGAUAGAAAACAGCGAUGUCGAUAGUAAAAACUCGAUCAUGAGAGUUCAAGCAAGCGGUAGCUCGGAACUGAAAUUCUACACGGGAGGAAAUUACAAUUGGCCUAUAAGUAUUGAUGAAACCAGCGGAAAAAUAUACCAAACGUCUGCGGUUUCCUACUCGAAUCAGUCGUAUUAUAGAAUUCCUUUAAUUGUCGAGGACAAAGUGAGAAGAAGGGGAUUUGCAACAAUUUCCCUGACAGUACUCGAUGAUAAUGACAACCCACCCAAGUUUAUAAUUCCAAAGUAUUCUUGCUCAAUUUCAAGCUUGAGUAAAGAAGGAGAUUCAGUACUUCUUGUGUCUGCUGUCGAUGAGGAUACUGAUGAUUUACUGGAGUAUUCGCUUCUAGCCGAUGAAGAUGUCAUGUCCUACUUCACUAUUCAUCCUAGACAAGGACUGAUCAGAUUGACUCGUCGCUUACUAGAGGCAGGGUCAUCCUUGUCUUUCACGGUGAAAGCUACGGAUAUGGCAAGACCACCCCAUCAUUCAACUUCUGAUGUCGUUGUUAAUAUCGUUGGCGAUGAUGUUAUAGUACCGAAAAUGAGUAGUAGUCAUUACAUCUUCCAUGUCCAAGAAAAUUGUGAACUUGGAACUCUAGUUGGUAAAGUUCAACAAUUCGAACCUGGAGUCAAAGGAUCGCGGUUCGCGAUUGCUGGUCCAGCCGAAGGUCUACCAUUUUUGGUGGAGAAGCUUUCUGGUAAAAUAAUUGUUCGUACACAUCUUGAUAGAGAAAGUCGUAAAGAAUGGAGGUUUGUGGUGUCGCUCACUGCUCCAAACGGAGCUUCAAGCUUAUCCACUGUUACGGUCAACGUUGACGAUAUUGAUGACAAUUCGCCUGUUUUUCAAACAAUCGAAAACAAAUUCAAAGUGGUUGAGAAUAGUCCUGUCGGAACAACGAUUGGAGUCUUCUCAGCUGUUGAUAUUGAUGAUUCUACUGGAGGGAGAGUUUACUACUCUGUUGUUAACGCUACAAGUUCCGAUGUUAUAAAAAUUGACAAGGAUUCUGGUUGGCUCAGCCUUGCUUCAAAAGUGGAUCGUGAGAAACAAUCACAUUAUGUGUUUGUUGUUCGCGCUUCUGAUGAUUCUGGCAACUCUGCAGACUUGAGUUGUAAACUAGAGGUAUUGGACGAGAACGAUGAAGCUCCUAUAUUUGGGAAACAGUUGUAUAAAGCGAACAUAGAUUUAUCAAGAACCAAUGUAGGACAGAGCUUAGCUCGGGUUCAUGUGAAGGACAAGGAUGGUUCACCGUUUAACAAAUCUCAGUUUUUCAUCACGCAAGGAAACAGUGAUGGUUUGUUCAAAAUUGAAGAAGAUGGCAAGGUCUCGAUGGUCAAUAUGUAUUACCCGUUACGUAAAAGCUCUUACGAGCUUACUGUCAUGGCUUUCGACGGUUUGCAUACUGCCACAACAACAGUCAAGAUCGACUUCAAAAACUUGAAUAUCCCCGUCUGUGAGAAGGACCCGCUCCGUUUGAAUGUCACAGAGAAUUCUCCGCUAGGAACAGUCAUCUGGCAAGAUGCUUCUCAAUCUCUAUUCCAUGAGAUCAAACCAAUUGAGAAAAGUAUGAUGGUCUUCACUCUAAGAACUUGGAACUCAACAACUUCCAUAAUAACUUCUGCUGAGAUUGACCGAGAGAAAAAACCAUUUUACGUUUUUUCUCUUCGCACUUAUAUGAAGUUCCCAGUGGCUGAAUGUUUACGAAAAGUUAUCGUAACUGUUUUGGAUGUGAACGAUAAUGAUCCAGUCUUUGUACAGCCUGUUUACAACUUGGCAAUCAAAGAGAACUUACCAGCUUCUGCAGACCAUAGAAGGUUUAUUGUUGCUCUUCAAGCCACUGACGAGGACGGAGGGCCUAAUGGAAUGAUUCGUUAUUCUGCUCCAGAAGCUCCUGAUGGAUUUGACGUCGAAGCGCUCACCGGUGUAAUCACCGUAUCAAGAUCAUUGGAUAGUGAACAAAACAGCAACUAUGAGUUCACUGUGAUUGCCACUGACAAUGGAGAUCCACCACGUAGUGGAAAAGCUCUCGUGAAAAUUACUGUGAUUGAUCAGAACGAUAACCCACCGAUAUUUGAAAUGAAAGAGUACAACAUCAAAGUAUUAGAGAGCCAAGUACUUGAGUCAGCAUUAGUAACUGUCAAAGCCGGCGGAGGAGAUGCAAAUGAAACUGUAACUUACACCCUUGAACCAGGCGACCAUAAUGAGUUUGUCCGUUUGGAUUCUAAAUCAGGAAAACUAUUGUUGAUCAAAAACCUUGACUUCGAGGAGCUUCAUGGUUUCAAAGUUACAGUAGUAGCUACAGACUCCGGUGAACCUCCGCUCUCUACCCAAUCAGUAGUAAAUAUCGAAAUUAUGGAUGAGAACGACAACUAUCCUCUCUUUUCAAACAAAAUGUACAAAGCCGAACUGAAAGAGAACAGCAAAAAUGGCACAACUGUUAUCAAAGUUCAUGCAACUGACAAGGACAGUGAACAUUUCGGCAAAGUCAGAUAUUCUAUAGUUGGAGCAAAAGGGCCAUUCGAAGUUAAUUCUGAUGGUACUGUGGUUGUAAACGGUGUUGUCGACUAUGAAGUGACUAAAGAAUAUACUUUGAACAUUGAUGCCAAGGAUGGAGGUGGCCUCACCUCUACAGUUCCACUGGUUGUUACUAUAAUCGAUGUUAAUGAUCAUGAGCCAGUUUUUUCCCCAUGUAAUAUGACUGCUGUAGUCCAGGAAGGGGCAUCUAUCGGUCAUUCAGUAUACCUUUUGAACAUCAAAGACUCUGAUGGACCUCUAUUCGCGGAACCGUUCACUAUCAAACUGAAAGGAGAACACCAUCAGCACUUCAGAGUUGUUGAAUCCAGCAUAGUUACCGCUUCGCCUUUGAGUCAUUCUGAAAGAAACAAAUACGAUCUGACAGUUACGGCCAAAGAUAAAGGAGGAUUAGAAACGGAAUGUCCGUUGACAAUAUUUGUCAAGGAAGAGAGUAGACACGCACCAAAACUUAUCCCAUUGCGUGUUCAUUUGAAUACGUUAAAAGGAGAAUUCAAGGGAGGAAUAAUUGGAAAGCUUCAAGGAACUGAUGAAGACAAGGCAGAUAUGUUAAGAUACUCUUUAAUAGAGGGAAGUAACGUGGGGCCAAGCUAUUCAGCAACGCAUCAUCAUCACGAGUUCACGAUUGAUCAAGAAACCGGUGAUGUGUGGUGUGCUCAUGGAAUACUACCCGGAGUUCAUGCUUUCAACGUCAGCGUGACUGACGGAAAGUUUGAAACAUUGAGUUAUGUCCAAGUUCAGGUUACUCUGUUGAAUUCGGACGUUCUCGAGAAUGCGGUUGCCAUCAGCAUUUUAGACGUUUCGCUGGAAAGUUUCUUCAGAAAAGGGCUUAGUGACUUCUUGAAAGUUUUCUCUGAUUGCUUGAACGUUCCACCUGAAAACAUAAACAUUCUUAGUAUUCAGGAAAGAGAAGGGAAGAGACAAAAACGUUCUGAUCGUAACGGAGUUGAUAUUCUCUUCAACGUUCAAAGAGGUUUCGGCGGAGUGGACAGAGGUCAUCUUAAACCUACACAUAUCUACUCCCGCCUGAAGAGCGAUUUCGAUGAGUUAAAGCAUGCAAGCCGAUUGCAACUCGAGUUGGUCACGGAAGUGUGUAUGCCUGGAGUUUGUGAAAGAGGAGAAUGCCGAGAGAGAAUUGAGUUUUCCGACGAUGACUCUUCCGUGUUCUCUUUCCAAGGAACUUCGUAUGUGACUCCAGAACAUUCACGUUCUGCACAUUGCUCUUGUCAUGAUGGAUUCGCUGGAAAGAAAUGCAACAUGGAAGUCAAUAAAUGUUCCAAGUCUCCAUGCAAAGCUGAUAAGAUCUGUGUCCCUCAUUCCACGGGGGAUUAUGCUUGCAUAUGUCCUUUGGGAACUAUUGGAGAACGUUGUGAACAAUCAGAACUAUGCUCUGAUGAAACCCAGUGUUCUGAAGAUUCGGAACUGUCCAUGGAUGGCUCAGGCUAUUUCGAACUCACUUUGCCAUUCGAUGUAGAAGACCAAAUGCAAUUUGUUGUCGAGCUUCGAACUGUUUCCUACAAUGGAACCGUAUUUUUCGGUCAAGGAUCAGAGGACUAUCAUGAGCUUCUUUUAUCCAACGGAUAUUUGGAAUAUCGAUGGGACUGUGGCACCGGUGUUGGGAUAAUCAAAUCGGAUAUUCAAAUAUCUGAUGGAAAAUGGCAUAGAAUCAGAAUCCUGAGAAAUGGAAGUCAUAGUCGUCUCACGAUAGAUGGAACUGAAAAACAAGAAGGAUGGAGUGUUCCCGGGUCAGAAGUCUUGAACAUGCAAUCUUUCUCGAACCGGCUCAUCUUUGGAGCACGGCUUGAAUUUGCGUCAUUCGGUUCUGAUAACUUUACUGCCGGUAUCGCAGCAUGUUUCCGUACAAUAUCUCUUAAUGGAAGGUCCAUUCCGAAAACCCGAAGUAAUGUUCGUUUAUACGGUGUGGAAGCCGGGUGCCAAGCUCUCGCUUCAACACCUUGUAGUGAAUCUCCAUGCAAGAACGGAGCAUCUUGUAUCCCACAAGGAAAAAUUGCUAGUUGUAUCUGUCCUGAAAGAUACGAUGGUAACUUCUGCGAGCUUGAUAAAAGGCCUUGCGAAGAUGAUCCAUGUCCAUUCUCUAUCCAAUGUGUUGCUUUCACGAAUGAUUACAUGUGCAAAUGUCCUGACGGAUACACAGGAAAACAGUGUGACGGACCCCGGCAAACAGCACCUGUCGAAGAUGCUUGUCGUUCCAACCCUUGCGGAGACGUUGAAUGUGUGCCUAUUCCCAAACAAAGCUUAUCUUCUUCUGGUUUCCUGUGCAAGUGUCCAUCUGGAUUCAAUCCAGGACCUUGUGGUGCUUUUGGUUUCCCUAUCAGUUCUGCCGAACUGAUUGGAGUUCUAAUAGUCUUCUUCAUUAUUCUGAUGUGUUUGAUGGGAAUAGUUUGCGUGUGUCGAUGGAUUAGUGUCAAGAAUACUGAUCCUAAAUAUGGUGAACAUGUGUCUUAUAACAACCACAUGAGAAACCCUAAUGUUUCUGCUGGUGUUAAUGAGUCAACAUCUGCUCCGCCCCCAUUACCACCAAGAGUAUUCCGUGGUAACAAGCUGAGUAAUUUAGAACAAGCUCAGUUGACUGGUUUGCCAACUGUUCAAGUUCGUCCAUUCCCAAUGCAAGAACGGAUUUCUUCUUCGCAAGCAGAUUCGAGAUCGCCUUCGAUUGUUGGCCAUAAAAUGCGAGCUGAUAUUUGUGAAACUGAAGAUCUUCUGAGUGCUGAUAUCAGAGCAUCACAGGAUGCACAGGCUAUUGAAGCUCUUCGUCGAAUGGGAGUGAAACUUAGUGAUGACAACAUAUCAUCCCCUAAGACUGCCGUAAGACAUCAGGAGCCUCGUUUAUCUGGUGGCAAAAUCCGAGACCAUCGUGACCUUUUAACUCAGGAGAGAUAUCCUAUGGGUGAUUCUAUCCAAUGUUUGCCAACAUCUUAUGAAAACUCACACUGGGAUGACGGAGUAGAUCGGAUAGGUGCCGCUGUUCUCCAAGAACGCUUGAGGUUUAAUUUUUCUGCCAAAGUAACCGUUGAACAUGAAAUUCUUAGAUUGCAAGGAUUGAAUGGUCGAAUGCAUAUUGGUGACACCGUCCUUAGUCCAUUAGUGAACGACGACGAUUACAUGACCAUGAGACCACGCAAAGUGACAGAUUCCACUGAGUCACACAAGCGACCUUUGCUUGCUGAUCAAGAUGACCGAGCCAUAUAUGACCAGGCUGACAGUGGACCACCAUCUCCUCCAGCUCAUAAACAUUUUAUGGAUGAUGAGGAUAUGCGAAUGUAUGACGAUCCCAUGUGUGCCUCGACUUCUGAAGCCGUGAGUAUCGUGAAUCGACAUGCUGACGAGAAGUUGUUGGAUAACGAAUCGGAUUAG